UUAUGCUUAUCGUUGAUUGCUGAACUGUUGAUCGGUAAUGAGGAUCAGGGCGAUCAAGUUGUCUACAUCGAUACCAAUGGCAGUUUCAAAAGUAUCCGCUUACUGCAGAUGCUAAAAUCUCGCGGAGUCCAGGAUAAAAAUGCAGCCGAAAAUAUGCUCAAACGAGUACUGAUUGCACGAGUGUAUGAUGAAAAAGAUCUUCGUAUUGCACUAACAAAAAUUCAGGUAACAAAGACCACGAAAUGA